AUGAGUGAACUUAUAGAUAGACCUCGUUCUGAGUUAACAGAAUUGGAAUUGAAAGCAUUAGAAGAGUAUGAAUUCAAUCAUGGGCCAAUGUCAAUAUUAAAUAAUGCAGUGAAAAACAAUACGCCAAUAAUCAUAUCAUGUCGUAAUAAUCAUAAAUUAAUAGGGAAGGUAAGAGCAUUUGAUAGACAUUGUAAUUUGGUUUUGGAAAAUGUUAAAGAUUUAUGGUCAGAAGACAUCAAGAAUAAUAAAGGGAAAAAAAUAAAAAGUGUACCUAAAGAACGAUUCAUUUCAAAGUUAUUUUUAAGAGGGGAUUCGGUGAUUAUUAUAUUGAAAGCUUAG